GGCGGCGUCCUCAGGUACCACAAACACAUCAUCAUCACCACUGUCUGCGCCCCAAACAGCCACAGCAGGCCUGAACCCAGCGGAGCAGAGGGAGCAACAGCAGCGGGAGGAGCAGCAGGGAGGGAGGCGCAGACAGCCGGAGCGUUUUGAAACCCCGAAAAAAGGGAAGUUGGAUUGUGGUGUUACUAAAGCGCAGCGGGAAGCAUGUUCAGCUGGGUCAACAAGGAGCAAGGUGGCCGCAACAAGGAAGGAGAGAUGUACCAGACGGUGACGGAGGGACUGCAGACCCUGUACACCAAGAAGCUGCUGCCGCUGGAGGAGACCUACCUCUUCCAUGACUUCCACUCCCCGGCCCUGGAGGGGGCAGACUUCCAGAGCAAGCCCAUGGUGCUGCUGGUGGGGCAGUACUCCACCGGGAAGACCACCUUCAUCAGGUAUCUGCUGGAGCAGGACUUUCCGGGGAUGCGUAUCGGCCCGGAGCCGACCACUGACGGAUUCAUUGCUGUAAUGUACGGGGAAAAUGAAGGCGUUGUCCCCGGCAACGCUCUGGUGGUGGACCCAAAGAAACCCUUCAGGAAACUCAACGCUUUCGGAAAUGCCUUCCUGAACAGGUUUAUCUGCUCUCAGAUGCCCAAUGAGGUUCUUCAGAGCAUCAGCGUCAUCGACACACCUGGUAUUUUAUCUGGAGAGAAACAGCGAAUCAGCAGAGGUUAUGACUUUGCAGAGGUUCUGCGCUGGUUUGGGGAGCGGGUCGACAGGAUCAUCCUGCUGUUUGAUGCCCACAAACUGGACAUUUCCGACGAGUUCUCUGAAGCCAUCAAAGCGUUUAAGGGACAAGACGACAAGAUCCGAGUGGUUCUGAACAAAGCGGACCAGGUGGACACCCAACAGCUGAUGCGGGUCUAUGGCGCCCUCAUGUGGUCACUGGGGAAGGUGAUAAAUACCCCAGAGGUGGUGAGAGUGUAUCUGGGUUCCUUUUGGGCCAAACCACUGCAGAACACAGAGAACAGGCGUCUGUUUGAGGCGGAGUCUCAGGAUCUCUUUAGGGAUAUCCAGAGUCUCCCCAGGAAUGCUGCCCUCCGUAAACUCAACGACCUCAUUAAGAGGGCGAGGCUGGCCAAGGUGCACGCUUACAUCAUCAGCUACCUGAAGAAGGAGAUGCCGUCUCUUUUUGGCCGGGAGAAGAAGAAGGAAGAGCUGAUCAUGAAUCUUCCAGAGAUCUACACCAUCCUGCAGAGAGAGCAUCACAUCAGCCCUGGAGACUUCCCCAACGUCACCAAGAUGCAGGAAAUGCUGCAGCAUUAUGAUUUCCACAAGUUUCCGUCCCUGAAGAUGAAACUGAUUGAAUCAGUGGAUAAGAUGCUGGCCACAAAGAUUGCAGGUCUGAUGGCUAUGAUCCGCGAGGAGGAGUCCAAGCAGCCUCCAGCCAUGGUGUCUGGUGGUGCUUUCCAGGGCUCAGAGGACGGGCCUUUUGGUCGAGGCUACGGUGAGGGCAUCAGUGCCGGGGCGGAUGCAGAUGACUGGAUCGUCAGCCGUGACAAACACCGUUACGAUGAGAUUUUCUACACACUGAUGCCCGUCAAUGGGAAGAUCACCGGCGUCAAUGCCAAGAAGGAGAUGAUGAAUUCCCGACUGCCAAACACUGUGCUGGGAAAGAUCUGGAAACUGGCUGACUGCGAUCACGAUGGCAUGCUGGAUGAUGAGGAGUUUGCCCUGGCUCAGCAUCUGAUUCAGGUUAAGCUGGAGGGCUACGAGUUACCCAACGAGCUGCCCCAUCACCUGGUGCCCCCAUCCCACCGGAAAAACCCUACUGCAGAUGCACUGUACAACCACACGGAGGACUAGAGAGCUCACCGAGUGCCAAACAAGCCACCAAAGAGACACACAGAUGGAAAGAUGUCCAAAUGUGGACAUAAAAGAUCAAUGUCAAACAAAUAAAUAUAUAACUUUUAUUGAGUUUGUAGAGUUUGUAUAUUAAACAUUUCAUCUAAGCAAAAUAAUCCUGAGA